UAGCGUCUUCCUUCUUUGUCAAGGGCACUGGAAACUGUAUGAAACCUUGCAGCUGUAGUCUGCACGUGUGGCCGCAAACCAGCUUAAUAAAGUAUCUGAAGUAGAGAUGGACGGGUUCGGGUCAGACUUCUCAGCAGGAGGGUCCGGCGGUAAAAUAGACGCCGGGACCAUCAUGGAGCAGGUUAAGGUCCAAAUCGCGGUGGCUAACGCUCAGGAGCUCCUGCAGAGAAUGACUGAUAAAUGCUUCAAGAAGUGCAUAGGGAAGCCUGGAAGCUCAUUGGACAAUUCUGAACAGAAAUGCAUCGCCAUGUGCAUGGACAGAUAUAUGGACGCCUGGAACACCGUGUCCCGAACAUACAACUCCAGGCUGCAGAGAGAACGAGCUCGAAUGUGAAAGAACUUCAAAACACGCUACCUCCUUCUCUUUGUCGGGUCGCUGCUGCUAGAAUGAGGACCAGCACAGUGCCGCACUGGAGCAGGUGUACAACGUCAGCAUCACAACACCCCCUCGUCUGUCACUAUCAUAGACAGAUGAGGCCUGUGGACACUGACCCGUAACAGAAUCUUUGUGGACAUCUUUAUUUUUACUUUUGAGGAAAAGUUUGCCAAUAUAGUUUAAUUAUUCCUGUUAUAUGUAAUAAAUGCAGUAACAGAUGGUGCAAAGGUUGUUGUUUAACUGGAAAAAUGAUCGGACUGGACAGAAACACUUUACAUGCUAACAAGGGUACAUUGAAGAAAAAACAGAAGAAAAUGAAGCCACACUGGUGAAGCCUGCAGAUAGACCCUGUAAAACCCUGUUAAAUCCCCUCCUAGAACUUAUGCAUUUACACUCUAUAAAUCACAAAUGCCACUCAA